AUGGCGACCGAGAAGACCAAAGCCAUGGGUGUGAGCGAGAUCACCACCGAAGCUGCCUUCCGAGAAGCUAUCGCGGGCCAUGCUGUGGUUUUGGUGUACUUCAGCUAUGGCCCAAGAACAGCGGAAGUGCCGUUCUCACUCGGUGAUGAAUUUGACCCGCAAUUUCAAGAAUUCGGCGAGUCAGAGGAAGUGAUUCCCCCGUUAUGCAGAGUAACUCACGCCGAUGCAACACGGGACAUUUUCGCAAGCGCGGGAAUUAGCAGCACGGAUGGUGGCAGCUUAGCUCUCUACAAAGAGGGCACGCAGCUUGCGAAUGUCUCGCUGAAGGCUUUGCAUGAAAGUGAGGAGCUUGAAGAAGAAAUUGCUCGGUGGCUUUCUGGAUCCUUUCCGACGGAGCAUCAAACUCCGGAAGCCACCGAUGCCGUCCCUCCUCAACCGCAGCCUGCACCCACAGCGGCAAGCCCUGUUCUGGGACAGACGCCUGGAACUACGUGCGGCGCUGCCCCAAAAGGCCCACCACCGGGACCGAAAGGACCACCAACAAGUCCCGUUCCAGGACAGACGGCCGGAGCUACAUGCGGCGCUGCCCCAAAAGGACCACCACCAGGACCCAAACCGCCAGGCCAACCAACGACCACAGUCACAUUUGGGGCUGCGCUUGCGGGACCACCGCCUGGACCAAAAGUCGCAGCGAGCCCUGUUCCAGGACAAACGGCCGGAGCUACAUGCGGCGCUGCCCCAAAAGGCCCACCACCAGGACCCAAACCGCCAGGCCAACCCACGACCACGAUCACAUUUGGGGCGGCGCUUGCGGGACCCCCGCCUGCUGCAGAGAGCCCUCUUCCAGGACAAAAGCCGCCGCCAGUAAAGGCACAGCAGGCGCAAGCCGGCAAUCCUUCUGAUGCUGCUGGCCAACAAAUUGCCAAGUUCAUUGUGUCGCAUGGAGGAGGAGUGAUGAGCCGAGAAAGGCUAAAACUUUUCCUCCAGAUACUUUUGAAGAAGCACAAAGGCAAGACUCGGCUAAGCUCUGGUCAACUCGAUACUUUGCUCGACUCCUUCGUGGAAGAGAGGUCAACCGCUGGCGAUAUUGAAGCGAGCGAGUUCGUAGAAUGGGCCUGGAGCGCUUAG